AUUACUUAGUUUCCCUUUGUUCUCGAAUUUCGGAAAGUGCGUGCAAAUCGCCUACAAAGGGCGCUCGAGCGAUUUUCGUGAUUUUUCCUAGCCGUGGUCAUCGUUUUUGUGAAUGUGUGGUUUUAGUUCUUGCUAGCUGCGGCUCUAUCUCUUAUUUGUCUUCGGUGUGGUUUAUUUUGACAGGGAAUAUAUAAUUCUUGUUCUCAUAUAUACGCUUAAAACGCGCUGCGCUUCAUACCCGGAUUCAGUUUUUAUCGGACUGAUAAUAUCAGUGAAGUAUGCCUUCUGCUUCAAAUAAAUUGGAGAAACAAGCCUCCAUAGGUUCUGUGCAUGGUACAGGCGGUGGUGGAACCACAAAGAAGUCGCAAGAUGUGAUUAAUAGCACCGCCAACGCUGUUACCGAGAAUAGUGCCACCAAUAAUAACACCAGCCUAGGUAGUACCACUAAUGAUGGCUCGGUUACCUCCAACAGCAACAAUACAAAGGGAGCUACUGUCAAUCCUGUGUUGGAAGCGAAUAAUCCAAUGAAACAAACUAUCACCACGAUUGACCAUAAAAUACGCAAUUUGGAGAAACGCAAGACUAAAUUGGAAUCAUAUCGUACCAUUCAAGCUUCCGGCAAGGAGCUAAGCGCCGAUCAAAAGGCUGCAGUAGCUAAGUAUGAUGCUGUUAUAGCCACACUGGAAUUCGCUCGAGAGCUCUCCAAGCAGAUGUGGCAAUUUGUGAAAGAAGCUGAAAAGGAGCAAAGAAAACAAGCACGCAAGGAUAUGAUUGCACGUGCACUUGCUGAGACUGCCAAAAUUCGUGAAGUCUUAGUUAUUCAAAAUAUUCUAACGUGUUUCACCGAUGAGUCUAUUCGUGCUGACUUCAUAAACGGCGACAAUGGCGCUAUCAAAUUGGAAACUGGCGACAUUAAUAUCUUGGAGAAAUAUUGCAGGGAUGUGCAAACAGCUCGGCCGGAGUCUGCCGAAGAUAUACCGUUUUUGACGGCCGCGCAAAAAGUGGCCGAGCUCUUCUCUAUGACAAUUGAUGGUCGCCCUAAGACGUAUGCCGAUAAUGUUACCUACGAUCAAAUGCGUCGCAUUUUUAAUGUAAUUCAGGAAUCUGGUUAUUUGGAUAAAGUGUAUCUGGCUGUCCCAGAGCCCGAAGUUGAAACUAAGGAAGAAGAGGAGGAAAUUAACAACGUUGUUGAAGGUGAAGAAACGGGUAAUGUGGAAGAAGCAACCCUGAAGGAGGAAAUGGAAAAAUUGAACGUGGCAUCUGGUGAAGCAGAAGAGGAGUCCGAUGCGCAAAAUGUGUCAACUGGUGUAGGUGAUGAGGUAUGUUUGCUACCACCGCAUGUUGCUGUCACUAACGACAUGCAGCAACAGCAGCCACAACAACCGCAAUCUCUACCACAGCAAAUGAUGCCGCAGCAAGCAGUUAAAGAGCACCUGGACGUACAACAGCAAGUUCAGGCUGGCAUACCGCCCCCACAGCCUCAGCAACAACCCAACGCCGCUGUUAUGCAAGCUCCAAACGCUGUCGCUGGAUCAGUGCCUACGUUUCAGGCACCACUACAAGCCGUUGGGGCUGCGCCCGUGCAUGUAGCCAUGUUCGCAGCACAGCAAAUGCAAGCGGCAGCACCUCAGAUGCAGCAGGUACCGCCAGGUAGCAUUAUAGGUGUGCCUCAGGUACCACCACAAAUGGUGCCAGUGGCACAAGCGCCACCACCACAGCAGCGGCAAAUGAUGACUAGCCCUGGAACCCAAGCUGGCAGUGCACAAAUACCCCAAGGUGCGAUUCCCAUCCAUGGCGCACCCCAACCUCCGCCAGGACAUUUCACACCCACAACGGUACGCGCUGUAGAACAGGGUUUAUUCCCGCAUAACCGACAACAAUUUAUGCAGCAGCAAAUGCGGCCAGUAGCUGAGAUAAUCGGCAAUGGUAGCUUCUACUUUUUGCAGGAAAGCGAACUGGAUUCACCUGAAAUAGUCGGCAAUGCGCCUAUUGGUAGUGUUGUUUUCGAACAACAACUACAACAACCGUCACAGCAGCAACAAGCGCAACAGCCACCUCUCCCACAAGAGAAUAAUCCCUCACAGACACACCAACAGUUGCAACAACCCAAUUUGUUGAAUCAUGGGAGUGAGUUGCAAGCAGUUGAGUUGCACAAAACCCAACAACAGCACUUGCAGCAUCAACAGCAAAUCUUACAGCAGCAGCAGCAGCAACAACAGCAUGCACAGCCAUCGCAGCCACAACAAGCGAUUCCGACACAAACAUUCACAAAUCAGUCAUUCCCACCCAUGCAACCGCCCGCAAGUGUAGCAGCUUCAACAAGCGGUAACAGUAGUAAUACACCAACUCUUGCAAGUAGCACACCUAGCCCCAUGUUCCAGCAACAACAACAUCAACAUAAACAUCCACAGUUAUUCUCACCAGUUGGUGGUGCUGGUAUGCAGCCACAAGACGUUGCGGCACAUCAUCAGCAACAUUUGUUGUUAAGUGAACAACAACAACAACAACAGCAGCAGCAGCACCAACAACAACAACAACAGCAGCCGCCAAUGAUGAUAAUGGCACGUUUGGCAGCGCCGCAGGCGCGUCUACCACCACAAAACAUAACUCAACAACCCCAAGUACAACAACAACAACAAACACAACCGCCACAACCAACAUUGGGUAUGCAACCUGGCGAGGUGCGUGCAUCGGAUGUGUCGGCAGCCACUGCUGCUGGCUUUCUAGGCUUCGACAAUGCCGUGGUCAGCUUGACCUACGAGCAACAGAUGCAACAGCAGUUAGCCGUAGUAGCAAAAGCGAGCGCCGCUGCAGCCGCCGCUGCUGCAGCUGUAGCUGCCGAUAAAGCAGCCGAAGAUAUUAGCGCACAUCACAAGUUCAAUGCUAGCGAGUCGGUGGUCGUCAACGAAUGGGAUGCCAUGUCAAAAGCAAAUGCCGUUGUACGUUCAACUAGCAUAAACAGCACCACCGCUGUCAAUGCCGCGGCAUCUGCCGCGCUUGCCAAUGCAUUGAAGUCUGGUAGUGCCGUUGUAAACGUCGGCGGCGGCAGUAGCAGUAACAGCAGCGUUGGUGGUACCGGCAGCAUUUUGGAGCCGGCCACAAAAUGGAGCGCGGAGAUGAAUGCGCUCAGCAACCCAUCAACGCCAAGCGGCAAUAGCGACAAUACGCCACCGAUUGUACGUAAGAUUGAAUGGACAUCGAGCAACAGCAGCGGUGGCACCAGUGCGGGUGGUGGGGGUUAUGGUGAUGGUGGCGGUACGCAGUCAACGACCAGCACGCAUGACUCCAAUCAUUGGAACUCGAAUCAGCAGCAGGAUGGAGCACACUACAACAACGGCCGUCAAUUCCAACGGCGACGUGGUCGCGGUAACUACGGCAAUUCGCAGCAAAACGGUGGUGGACGAGGUGGUAGUGGCAUCUAUUUCCGCAACAACGAUAACUCGUCAAGUGGCUCGUACUACCAGAACGGUGGCGGUAAUAUGUACUCCAACAAAGACUCUGGUUCGCGCUACGAUUCGGGCAAUUAUCGUGGAUCGCGCGCAGGCGGCAAUGGUGGUGGCGGUAAUGGACGCGGCAAUGCGCCACCAUCACGUACGCUUGGUGGGCGUAAUAAUAGUGGCGGCCAGUCAAGUGCAUCAUCCAGCUCAUACAUGAACCGGUCAUCGCAGCGCAUGCCGAUGGGAUUGGAAAAUAAAAACUGAAACGCAGAAGAGAAUGAAACACAUUAAUACAGGUUAGAAGCAAAGCAAAAGCAAGUAUAUAUAUUGAAAUCGAAGAAGCAGAAUUGAAGCAGAAGGCAGAAUGACAUGAACCUCUUAAGAAUCGUAAAUAUAUAUGAUAUAUGAAAAGGAAUUCACAAACACGCAAACAUAAACACUUACACAUACAUAUAGAAACUGAAAAACAGAAAAUACAUUUAACUUUUAAUUAGUAGUGUGACGAUAGUCAAAGCUGCGAUUCAUCCCAUAAUAGCAGCAGCGGCGACAAGCACUAAAGCAACCGAAACUGCAACAAUGAAAUGUAAACAUAUGCGCGUGGGUGUUAAAAUUUAGUUUCGUAAACAAAACUACAAAGCAAAAGAAAAAAAAAACAAAAACAAAAAGCAACGGGAAAAGAAACAGAAGAGUACAGAAACCAAUAAAAAAGAAAACAGAA